CAUUGUGAGGGCGCCCCCCCCCAAUAUAAUGAAGUGAAGUCCAACAUGUCAGGAUCUACUGAACCAUCACAGCUGCUAAUACCAGUGAAGGAGGAGAUAAAAGAAGAAGAAUUUGAUGAUUUCCUACAAGAGUAUCUGUCUGCGAUUCAGAAAGUGGAAGAAAAGCCUGGACUGGAACAUGACUGUAAGACUGAAAAAUCACCAUCCUUGACCUGCAAAGAAGAAAAUGAUCCAGCAAUGGAAAUCAAAGAGGAAGAAGAAUUGGAUUUAAGAGAAUAUGGUCAUGAUGACUCCUCUCCUGCAAGAGACGUUCAAAUGAUCCAUUCUAGCAAAAGGAGUACAGGGGAAAGAAGAACGAAAGUCAUCAUACGUCAGCAAUCGAACACAGGGAAGAAAAAACAUGAAUGCUCCCAGUGUUUCAAAACCUUUGCUGCGCCUUCCUCUCUUGCAAUUCAUAAACGAACGCACACAGGAGAAAAGCCCCAUCAAUGUUUUCAAUGUGGGAAAGCCUUUAGUCAAAUGCCUCAUCUUAAAAUACACCAGAUGAUCCACACUGGUGAAAAGCCAUAUCAUUGUCCUCAGUGUGGAAAGACCUUUAGUCGAAUGGGUGAUCUCAAGCAACACCUGAGGAUUCACACUGGAGAAAAGCCAUUUCAGUGUUCUGCAUGUGGGAAGAGUUUCAAAAGUAACAGUGAACUUAAACAACACCAGAUUACACAUACUGGAGAAAAGCCACAUCAUUGUUCUCAGUGUGGAAUGGCCUAUAGUCAAAUGGGUCUUCUCAAGAGACACCAGAGGAUUCACACUGGAGAAAAGCCAUAUCAGUGUUCUCAGUGUGGAAAGGCCUUUAGUCAAAUGGCUCAUCUCAAGAGCCACCAGAAGAUUCACACUAGAGAAAAGCCAUAUCAUUGUCCUCAGUGUGGAAAGACCUUUAUUCGAACGAGUGAACUCAAGACACACCUGAGUAUCCACAAUGGUGAAAAGCCAUAUCAUUGUUCUCAGUGUGGAAAGGCCUUUAGUCGAAUGGGCACGCUCAAGAGGCACCAGAUUACACAUACUGGGGAAAAGCCAUAUCAUUGUCUUACAUGUUGGAAGGGUUUCAAAAGGAACAGUGAACUUAAACAACACCAGAUUACACAUACUGGGGAAAAGCCAUAUCAUUGUCUUACAUGUUGGAAGGGUUUCAAAAGGAACGGUGAACUUAAACAACACCAGAUUACACAUACUGGGGAAAAGCCAUAUCAUUGUCUUACAUGUUGGAAGGGUUUCAAAAGGAACAGUGAACUUAAACGACACCAGAUUACACAUACUGGGGAAAAGCCAUAUCAGUGUACUACAUGUGGGAAGGGUUUCAGGAGAAGCAGUGCACUUACCAUCCACCAGAUGACACAUACUGGAGAAAAGCUACAUACAUGCUCUCAUUGUGGAAAGACCUUUAGUCAAAAGGGUGGUCUCAAGAAACACCAGAAGAUUCAUACUGGAAAAAAAGCCACAUUAGUGUUCUCAGUUUGAAAAGACUUUUAUUCUGAUAUGUCAUCUCAAGACACACCAGAUGAUCCAUACAGGGGCAAAGCCUCAGCAUUGUAGGAUAGUUCAAGGAUUUAUUUUGCGAAACAGAACCGAAGUCUGAAAUGUCAGGAUCUACUGACAUCACAGCUGCUGAUGUCAGUAAAGAAGGAAAUACAAGAAGAAGAAUUUGAUGAUUUCCUGCAAGAGUAUCUGUUUGCAAUUCAGAAAGUGGAAGAAAAGCUUGGACUGAAACAUGACUGUAAGACUGAGACAGAAAGAUCACCAACCUUGGCCUGCAAAGAAGAAAAGUAAUAAUGCACCCAUGAUUACACAAUAUGUGGAUUCUAAAAAGAACACAUGGCUGAGUGGAGGUCUAACCUUGAAUCAUUUAUGAUCAGGCUACUGAUGGGGACGUAUGAAAUGUAGACACCCAUUAAUGCAUGUGAGGUCUGUGUUACUCUUUAAUGUCUGCUAGUAAGUCUGUGCCUGUGUUUGAAGUGGGAUUUCAGCCAAAAAUAAAGCUUUUAAUUAAGUG